GUUUAAACGCAGACAGAAGGCUACAGCGAGGACAGAGAGAGAGGAGGAGGAGGAGAGAGCCGUGGUUACUGCGCACGGUGGGACCGCCAGCUCCACUCACUCAUCAGUGAAAACAAAACUAGUCCGAAAAAACCCCCAAGAAUCGUGAAUCCACUUCCACUUCUCCUUCUUUUCCCCCCGUCUCAGCUGAUUGUGAUUUCCUUUUUUGAAAGAAAGUGAGUGGUUGUUGAUUUUUCCUUUUUUUUAAAAAACACCAUCUGAAGUGUGAAGACGAGGAUCGGCGGAGGAUCGGCGGAGGAUCGGCGCGUCGUCGUCGUCGUCGGAGGAGGAUAAGGACCAGAAGCGUGGUGGCAAGAGAAGACCUGUCCACAGACCUGUGGGGGUUUAUUCAUUGAUAAAGGAGACUCAUUUCGAUCUCGUCGGAUGUGUUCGGACUCGUCCCCGACACACGGACUGUGGCCGAGCUGUGAACUAACGGAGACGGGUGUUAAAGUUGCCACGGGCGGAAUAAAGACGCACGAGCGCUCCGCGUCCUGAUCCGUCUGCGCGGUGUCGUACACGGGACCUGGCAGGAUUUGUGGACGAAUCAUAAACCGGUUAAUAGUUUCGUCUGCGUUCAAAAAAAACGAACAAUUUAUUUUCCAGCUGACACUGCUUUUUUGUAUUUUUUUUUUAAAUUCUGCUUUCCUCUUAUUUCGUCUGUACCCAGGAUGGUUAAAAUGAGCAAGAGAGCGGAUUUACACGACUGGGACAAGUUGUGAUUCUAUUUUUUUUUUUUUAUUUCACAUCUCCGUCAUCACAACAACAAUCCAAAACACGAGACUGCAAAACCAAAGACACCAAUGUUUUGAAGGAGCCCCGAGCCCGAACUGGCUUUGAUUUCGCUCUUUUUUCUGCCUCUUUCGAUAUAACCGAGAAGAGAAAUACCUCAUCAGUUAUUAAAACCUGGAGAGUCCAGAGCCCUUUUGAACUUCCAAAGGAAAGAUAAACAAUUUUCUUCUGUGUCAGCUGUGGCUUCUGCCUCUCCAGCAUAUCAAUAUAUAAAAAAAGGGAAUAACACUUGAAUAGUUUUCCCCAUAACUUAGCAAAGGCUUUAUCCCCCCUUUCCCCCCAAACAAUGAGGAUUGAGACGAUAUAAAGGCUGUUCCAGAGACUGGCUGCUGUGGAUUAUCACCUACAGUUACCUCAGCUUGACCUCGACCUUCACAAAGUAGCAGAGUGCAGAAGGUUGGAACAAUGCCAGAUUCACCUGCGGAUGUGAAAACCCAGCCCAGGUCCACCCCACCCACCAUGCCUCCACCACCCCCGGCUGUCAGCCAAGCAACCAAUCGCAGCGCUUCAUUCACCCCCACCACCAGUAAAUCAAUGCUGAAUGGAAGCAGCCACUCUCCGACGUCGCUGAAUGGUGCUCCGUCCACUCCGAACGGCUUCAGUAACGGCCCGGCCAUGUCCUCGACGGCCUCGCUGUCCAACCAGCAGCUCCCACCAGCGUGUGGCGCCCGGCAGCUCUGCAAGCUGAAGCGCUUCCUGACCACGCUGCAGCAGUUUGGCAACGACAUUUCGCCGGAGAUCGGAGAGAGGGUGCGCAGCCUUGUGCUGGGGCUGGUGAACUCCACCCUUACUAUCGAAGAGUUUCACUCCAAACUUCACGAGGCCACCAAUUUCCCACUGAGGCCAUUCGUCAUUCCCUUCCUGAAGGCAAACCUGCCUCUGCUGCAGAGAGAGUUGCUCCACUGUGCCAGGUUAGCCAAGCAGACUCCAGCUCAGUAUCUGGCUCAACACGAGCAGCUCCUCCUGGACGCCAAUGCCAGCUCGCCCCUCGACUCCUCCGAGAUCAUGCUGGAGAUGAAUGAACACGGCAAGAGGAGGACCCCUGACAGGACCAAAGACAGCUCAGAGAGAGAUGGCUUGCACCCAGAGCACCUGGCUAAGAGGCCCUGCACCAUCAGCCCGAGCCAACGCUUCAGCCCCAGCACGGGUCUUCCUGCUCACCCACCUCCCAAUGGCCUCCCCACGCACCCUCCCAACGGCCUAUCCCACCCACCCAACCCCCAAAUGGGACCCCAGCACUAUCGCUUAGAAGACAUGGCCCUCGCGCACCAGUACAGAGAUGCUUACAGACACAACGAACACCGUGACGCCCGGGACAGGCACCGGCAGACAGCAGUGCAUGGAGCUCGCCAAGAGGAGGUGAUCGACCACCGUCUCACAGACCGAGAGUGGGCAGAGGAAUGGAAGCACCUCGAUAAUCUCCUGAACUGCAUCAUGGAUAUGGUGGAGAAGACGCGGCGCUCCCUGACGGUGCUGCGCCGCUGCCAGGAGGCCGACCGCGAGGAGAUGAAUCACUGGAUUCGGCGCUACAGUGACGUGGAGGAGAUGAAAAAAGGUGGGAGCAACGGACAGCACUGCCUUCCUCCUCCUCUUCCUCCUCCUACUCAUCACCACAACUCCUCCUCCAACACAGCUAGCAGCAGCGAGUCACUGCCCAUAGGAACUCCCUCGGCUGCCGAAAGGCAGACAGGCAGACAGACAGAGAUCCACCGGGACUUCUUACACAGGCCUCCCUCAGGAUACCUGCCAGAAGAAAUCUGGAGGAAAGCUGGUACCACAAGCAUCCCGCUCUCCCCGGCACUAAAGCACCUCCAAAGCAAGCAGGAGGAGGCUGUGAAUGAGGUGAAGCGACAGGCGAUGUCAGAGCUGCAGAAGGCCGUGUCGGACGCAGAGAGGAAGGCUCAUGAGAUGAUUUCAGCCGAACGCUCCAAAAUGGAGCGGGCGCUGGCCGAGGCCAAGAGGCAAGCCUCGGAGGACGCACUAACAGUCAUCAACCAACAGGAGGACUCCAGUGAAUCUCAACAGAGCUGCUGGAACUGCGGGAGGAAGGCCAGUGAGACGUGCAGCGGCUGCAACACGGCUCGCUAUUGCGGUUCCUUCUGCCAACACAAAGACUGGGAAAAGCACCACCACGUCUGUGGUCAGGGCCUGCAGGGGCUGCCAGGGGGCAGCAGUGUCCCUCUGGGCACCCCCUCCUCAGCGCCCCCCACCCACACGGAGAGCGCUCCUCCAGGACCCCUGUCCCUGGCAGGACAGAGCAGUAUUGUGGCAGGGGCCGGCAGCGGCAGCGGAAGUGUCUCUGCGAGCCCCAAGGAGAGCAGUUCCAGCAGUGCCUCUCGCUCCACGACUCCGGCCACCCCCGCCCUCCUGGAGGCCACCUCUCGCUGACGCCCGACCCUUGUCCCUUGUCCCUUGUCCCUUCCCGGCACACUGAUGCGACAGUGCCCUCACUCCAACACAAAAACCAAACUGAGGAAUCUUCAUUGCACAUUGAUCCCUUUCCUCCUCCCCUAAUUUAGCCCUUAUUUCCCUUAUAUCCUAAGCUCUUCUGAAAAAAUCUUCUCACUACUGAUGAUACACUCGGCUUGUAACCCCCCCCCCCCCAAAAAAAAAAAUCAUUUUUUUUCUUUUUCACAACCACAUACAAAGAUUCCAGCCUGGGGUUCAGUGUAGUUUAAGGCAUGAAUAGUGUAGUUUCUCCUAUCUCUGCAACAGAAACAUAUCAGAUGUAAUUAAUGAGAACAUGAACUUUGAUGUAAUGUAAGCAUGGAAAAUAACGUCCAUGUAAGGACACAAGACAAGGGCUGUAGUAAGGCAACAUCAACGGGGGGAUGACUAAGCCGAUUAGCACUUGGGUAGGAUUUCCCUUUAAUUAAGAACCAAUGAGAGAACAGUUCCCAGCCCUGAGAUGUGCACUACUAGUCCCAACAGUUCACUGAUGUGGCACUUUUUUUCCCACAGUGUCCUGAUGGAAACAGGCGAGGAACACAAUACCUUUAUUUCAAAUGGGAUGACGGGAAGGGAAAAACCUCUGAUGCGAUAAAUUCCUCAGAAACACACGCUUAGUAUUUAUUAAAUGUUUCUUUCUGGCUUUAAGGGAAAAUAGAGAAAAGUCCAAAUAAUCCAAAUAAAGAGAUGCUGAUGGUAACAAUAAUGACGAUAUGAAAAUAAAUUAAUUUUAAACUGCUAACUACCUUGCUAGCGAGCCAAGAAAAUCUACACCGGACUCACCUCUCUGCACCAUUGUGAACCCAAAUGAAUUUCAAAGAUGAAAAAAACAACGUGAUCCAAACCUUUGUAUUACACUGCCAAAGUGAGUAAGUAAGCGAUAAGGAGAAGCACUCAUCUUAUAACCAAACGCAAAGCAACAUCACCUCCUCAGCAGAUAAGCCAGCCCUGAGAGGACCGGGCUGCAGAGACGCUGCAGGGCAGAGAUAGUCAAGCAAACAAACAAACAAACAAACAAACAAACAAAACAAACUGUGACUUGCUUUGAUCUGCAGCCGCCUCCUGCAGUCUCGACAGACAACUACAGUGAUUCCUCAGCGAUGGCCCAGACUAGUGAAUAUGGACAGCGCUGUGAACUUGACUUUAUAACGAAAUGGAUCGAGAACCAUGCCACAGUGGGAUUUUUUUUGUGAAAGGUAACAGAGAGGACGGGAAACCGCCGCACGGCCUUCGAGGAGAUGAAGAUACGUCCAUGGCAACGGAGCUGCCAAAAAACACCUCAACACAAGCUUGAAAACAUUUUUCCAAGAAGGCAUUGCAUACUUCAGAGAGACGUACGGGAAGAUAGUUUCUUAGUCGUUUUUUUUUUUUUUAAAAGCUCCACAACGAGGAGAUAUUUCAAAAGGAAUUGCUGUUACCUUUACAUUCACUCCCUCCUUUUUCCAAAGCAUGAUGAACAGAUGAAAGAGCCUCGUGAAGGGUGGUGUAGACUCGGUUAUCCUCUCUCUUUCUACCUCCCCUCACCCCACGCCUCCCUUCUAUGCUCUUCCCCGACUACUUGACUCGAGUUUUUGCCCCCAACCCACAGCCUGCUCUGGACAGAGCCUCGGAGCAGUCGCAUGGGGAGGGUUCAAACCUGCUUGUAGAUAUCGUUCCUUUUCAUCUUUUCAAUAAUGUCUCCCGUCGCUGAUGUCCACAUUGUGCUGCCCUUGUGUGUACCCGGAAAGACGGACUUUGUUUUUUGUUCUGUUACCUUCUCCUUUUUUUCCUCCUUUGAGUUUGGGCUGAGCAGUGAAGUGAGAGCAAGGACACUCCUUUUGUGAGAGGACGUCCCACAUUGUACUUAUUGUUUGAUUUCUUGUAUCUAUAUCAAUGAGAUGAAACCCCCUCUUGUAGAAUAUUUUGUAUUGCUCGCAUUGUAAGACAGUGAGAGGACGGAGGUGCAAUAUGAAAAGAAUUCAGCUACUGAAUGGAACCUCAGCAACUGCCCAUAGGGUGUCAUAUAAUAUAGAUACAUAUAAAUAUAUUUAAAGUAACAUCAGUAACUUAAUGUGAAUGUACAUAGUAUUUAAUGAGGUCCAAAAAUGUGUUUGCCAAAUAACAGAAACCUUUAAAGUUUAAUGUCCAGAAUAUGAUUUUUCUCACAGUACAUUUUGUUUCUCGAAUUUAGAACUUCUUUUUUUUUUCUCUCUCUCUCUCUCAAGCCACACAAUUUAAAUUUUUCACCCAAAACAAAACGUAUCAUGACCCAAACGGAGGAGACUGUCAAUAGGUGAAGGGUAAAGUGGUUCCAUAAAAUACCACGAUGCAUGUAGCUGAGAAUGGAUGAAAACAGAUGAAGGGUGGAUGGACACCACAAGACAAGACUGGCUGCACAUUUUUUUAAUUAAUUAGGCCUCAUUUACAAUUUUAGAGGGGGAAAAAUAAUCAUCCAGCAUUGCAUUACAUCAAGAGAAUCUCUGACACAAAUUAAAUUUUGUAUUAACUUGAUUGGUAUGGUGCUGUCGGGGCUAAAUAGCGGUCGUCAUGUGCGUCAUCCACCACAGGUCAGUUUACAUCCUGCAGGAGGGGACUCAACAGUGUGUGUUUUUAGCCUGCUGUUGAUUACAAAGUUAAGAGAAAAGGCUUAAGGGUGGAGUGUUUUUCAAAUGUAUAGUUAAUUCACACCAAAUUUAGGAACUGUCAAACUUGAUGUGUCAUAUCAAGUGUUCUCUUUCUUGCCAUCAUUUCAGCUCAAUUCCCACUGAAGUUACCCUCUCUUUUGGUCCUCAUUAACCAGUGUGUGUGUGUGUGUGUGUGUGUGUGUGUGUGUGUGUGUGUGUGUGUGUGUGUGUUUGUGGUUGGGAGUGUUUGUUUCCCCCAAGGUGCAGGACAAACCAUUACUAUAGGAUUAAGAGAUAUGCCAGUGUUAAGCUUCAGUAAAUUUCAAAGCUAAUGUUUGAAACCCAAUCAUUGAAUUUUUUUUUUUAAAUAUGCAAUGUGAGCAGAGGCUUACACCUGGUCGAUCUAGGUCCAGGCCAAGAGAGACGCAUCAACUCCUUAAAUUUGUGUUAUUUUGUAGGCCCUUCCCACCUGCUCCCGCAAUAUGAUCGCCUCUAAAAAGGCCUUGAAAAACAAUCGUGUGAGCAUUGGCCACAAAAAUACAAAUUUAAUACUGAUCAUAGCAAAUCCUCACUCGGGUUGGCCUCAUACACACCUGGACCAAACUUUAAAAAUUUUAAUUUAAAAUAGCAGUGAGUUGCAUAGGAAAACGAAAAGACUGCUUUUUUUGUUUUUCAACCUGGAUAAAAAUUUUAAUUUUUAGGACUAUUUAAAACAUUCAAAAAGAAUAAGCUGCAAGGUACUCCUGCAUCUGUGUGUAGCAUGUGUGUACUGUGCGUGUGUGCGUGUGCGUGUGUCAUAAUAACCGUGAUUUGCUGUCGACCUCAGCCUUUUUUUUGUGUCAUUCCCCCCCUCUGUCAAAUGUCCGACUCUUCCACUUCCACCACAGGCGACUCUUCACGACCCCUCCUCACACUAGCUACCUCCUGUGACCAUACAGCUAACCACCAGGAGAGGUUGACCUGGACUUUGAAAAGCUGGGCCGAGAGCAGACAAGGAAAUGCAUAUUCAAAAGCGAUCGUGAAUUUAUCCGUCUGAUAAUGAUAAAAAAACCAAAGAGUUGAAAGGAAUUGUCAUUACCCAAAAAAUAUUUAUUACCACCAGACCAUUUUUUGAUCACAUCCCGUAAACCAAACUGAUACUGCUGGAAUUUGGUAAUACUUACACUGUCAAAACCCGCAGAUUACCAAACUGACACAUAGAAAUCAACCAUGACAUGCCAUUUGUUGUCCAAAACCAAUAAAAGCACAGACCAAAGUACUCCUGCAUUGCCAUAGUAGGCUUUCGAAACAGUGUGCGUUGAAAGACCAGAAAGAAUAAGGUUAGACCUCCGCUGCAGCCGUUAACCAAAGUGUUUGAAAUACACGCACUCGGAGCACAAGAGUUGAAGAGCAUGCUCAAUGAACCGGUUGAGUUUGAAAUGUUUACAACUCCUAUUCAAGCAACCAAAGCGCUUGUUGUCUUCGUAUUGAAUAGUGCUUGAGUUAAAAAAAACAAAAACAAUAGAGGUCUCUCCUUUGGAAAAAGCCUACUGGUUGCACGUUCUUAGAGUUACAAAGCCUUGCAGAGAUCAAAAUGAAUGCAUGGUGGGUGGUUGUGUUGUGUGUUGUGUGUGUGUGUGUGUUUGUAUUUGAAAAAAAAAAAAACUUUUCCUGUGUCUCUGUACAAACUACUUGAAACCUUCAGAGCUUUAAUGAAACAUCGCAGACAGACGGUCGUGGCCGAUUGAUACACAAUAUGUAGCAACAGCUUUGUUCCGUAAAACGCCAUGUUUGUUUAUAAUAUCCACGUCAAACGACAUUUUAAUGACACUUCCAUUCAACUCAACUAAGUACUUUGCAUGUGCCUCCUUGUCUGCGAGUAAGCCCUCAGAAUAAACUAAACAAAACCAAACCCAACAUACCACUUCUAAAUGACCAAAAUACAACCAAAAGCUACAACUUUCGUCCUUUAGAUUUCACUUUGGUUAAAGGUUUUUGUCUCAUGUCCCAGCAUUAGAGGACGUCAUGCCCCGCAAAUGUGUGGGAGGAAAGAGAAAAACUGUCCUUUCAUUGGACAGGAUACGAAGGAGCCGUCCAAAGUUCUGUUCUGUGCAGCUGGGUGUGAGAUUCAUUAAGUCAUGAAACAAAUGAGAAUUGUGCCGAGGUAUCAUAUACUUUUCUCAGUGAAGAUAUUUUAGAUGGCAAACUCAUAAGGGCUCUGCUGUUGUUAGUACCAUCCAACGUUCUCCAAACACUUAACAUCAACCACGUUGUCUGUUUGUUUAACUAUGUACAUGAUAUGGGCAAAAAAACGCAUGUUAAGAAAAGAUGAAUAUUAGCAGGUUGGCAUCUGUCCCUCCCUACCCGAACCUCCAACUCUACCAAUGAAGUUUCAAGGCUCAUCUGAUGUGAUGCUGGCGUGUCCUUCCUGUGAAACAGGCACUGAUGAACAGCUACAGUAGAAAGAGGCAAACAGUGGAUUCAGCACUGGUUUUCCCAAAAGCUAUGGCUCAGGAUGGUCUUGUUUUUACCUUUACAUGAACAGAAGAAAAAGGUUUAUGGUUUUAUAUGUGUAGGGGAAGCAUUCUAUACUGUAUUGUGCAAUACGUUAUUACAGAAAAAAAAUCUGUUUCUGUAGGAAAGGUUGGCGCUUUGAAGAUCUUUCUCCUUUUGUUUUGUUUUCCUCUGCAGAAAGUCCUGUUGCCGUUUUUAGAUGAAGUAAACUGUGCCAGAAGAAUUAAAUUCUGAUUUGUAUUUAUUUCUUGCAUGCUUUCCUCCCUGUUGCUAAUACCGCUCUUUAACUGUUCGCUCUGUUGGAUGUGUGAAGCUGUAAAACAUUCUAAUUCAGGUUAUUGUCUGUGUUGAACAAUGUAACAGUGUAAUUAAAACAUGAAAUUAAGUAUUCA